AUGACCUUCGACCACACCAACGACCCAGGCUUCGCCCUGGCGCGAGGCAUGUGGGCAGCCAACGCCAUCGCCGCCGUGAUCCUGAUCCUGCGCGUCUUCGCAAAGAUCAAGCUGCGCCAGUUCCGCUUUGACGACGUCCUCAUGGUCAUAGCUUGGGCCAUGACCCUCGCCGCAACCGUCCUGCUCCAGAAAUCCGUCGACCACGGCUUCGGCACGAACCUCCAGCUGCUCUGGGGCACGCCAGACCUGAAGAUCGUGCUCAAGGCCAUCGCGAUUGAAAUCCCGCUGGUCACGAUCAGCACGGGCUUCGCGCGCUCCGCGUUCGCGCUCUACAUCAUCGCCAUCCUGGGCAGUAAGCGGCAGUACCAGAUCCCGCUGUGGACGGUGAUGCUGCUGCAGUUGGCGGGCAAUAUCGUCUCGGGCGUGCUGCCGCUGAGCAUCUGCGGGGACGUGCGGAUCCUGUGGGAUGCCACGGUCAAGACGCACUGCGGCGACAGCGCGGCGGUGAUCAAGUUCGCGUACUUCUCAUCCGCCGUCAACACCGCAAGCGACUUCUUCCUCGCCGUCUUCCCCACCGCCAUCUUCUGGAACCUGAACCUGCGCCUGCGCAUCAAGCUCAGCCUGAUCGUGCUCAUGUCGCUGGGGAUCCUGGCCAUGAUCGCGUCGAUCAUCAAGUGCACGAAAUACAACGACAUCCCGGGGAUCACGAACCUGGGGUCGACGGGCGGCAUCGAGCUGAUCCGGUGGGGGUACGCGGAGAACCUGAUCAUCAUCAUCACGUCGAGCGUGCCCUGCAUCCGGCCGCUGCUGAUCAGCUCGGUGCGCAAGAUCUCCAGCGCCGCGAGGUCGCGGUCCUACGAGCUCAGCGGGCCGUUCUCGAGUACGCGUAAGAGCAAGGGGCGGAACUUCACGGGCCCGGGGGGGACGGGCGAGCGGGAUGUCGAGCACGAUCACGAGCACGAUCUCCCGGACGAGACGGAUAGCAUUGAGCGGAUUCUGCGCGAUGCGGAGGAUCAGGAGCGCAGGAGGGAUAUGCGGAGGGGCAUCACGAAGCAGGUUGAGGUGCGGGUGCUGUCGGCGCAUAGUCCCAGUCCGAGUCCCGGGCACUCGGUGCAUUCGUCGCAGGGGAGCAGUAGUCGGUAUUUUGAGAGGCAUGAGUAG